AUGUCAGUCUGUAGGCCGCAGUUCUCUGACUGUACUGAUUCGCUGUAUGCUCUUGCCAAGGGAUAUCAUCUGCUUCGCCUUUUCCGCGUAUUUUUUGCCUUCUUUAUGUCUGCCUUAGUCCUUCUCGUUCUCUCCGUCUUCGUCGGCACACAUUACGCAGCCUCCAGGCAGACAAAGAAGAGGCUGCAAGAGACAGAGAAGUCGCCAGGUAACUGGAUACCAGGAUAGGUUCGAGUUCUACCCACAGACAAGCAGUCUAACUCGCAGCUCCGGCAUCCGGCUAGACGUUGGGGUUUCCGAUCAAAUUCCAGCCACUUGAUGGCAUUCUCAUCCCUUUUGCCGUCCGGGGGGUUUGUGCAUGAGUCGACCGAGCAUGACGAUUGGAAG